AUGGAUAGUCAAAAAGCACAUAUUCGGCAUGUGAUGCUUUGUGAAUUUAAACAAGGCAAUAGUGCUAAGGCGACAGCUGACAAGAUAUGCAGUGUAUAUGGUGAAGGACUAAUAACUGAUCGGGCAGUUAGAAAUUGGUUUAUAAAAUUCCGUUCUAGAGAUACGACCUUAAAAGACAAACCGAGGGCGGGACGUCCUUUCGACUUUGACGACAACCUUUUAAAGGCAAUAUUGAUGCAAAAUCCACGUCAAUCAACAAGAGGUAUAGCAGGAAGGUUGAAUACAUCACAAUCAACUGUUAACCGCCACCUGGAGAAAUUAGGGGAAGUCAGCAAGUUAGGAGUAUGGGUAUCUCACAAUCUCAGUGAAUGGAAUAAAGAAGACCGCAUGUCAAUCGCCACAAGUCUGCUCUCACGGGUAAAAAAUGAACCCUUUUUAAACAGGAUUGUAACAGGCGAUGAGAAAUGGGUUACCUAUGACAAUAUAGUCCGCAAAAAACAGUGGCUUAAUAAGGAUCAACCGCCCCUACCAGAUCCGAAAGCAAACAUCCAUGGCAAAAAGAUUUUCUUAUACGUUCAGCAGUUGCAAAGAGUGCUAGAGAAACUCCAUGAAAAACGUCCCGCACUCAUCAAUCGCAGAAACGUAAUUCUUUUACACGACAAUGCGCGACCACAUACAGCAAGGGUGACUCAAGAAAAGAUUCUUGAGCUUGGAUGGUCUGUUUUACCACAUCCACCUUACUCCCCGAAUCUUGCCCCGACAGGCUACCACCUUUUUUGUUCCUUACAAAACUUUUUGAAUGGAAAAACCUUCAAUUCUGAAGAGCAAGCCAGGCAGGCUGUCGAAAACUUCUUCCAGCCCAAACCAACCACAUUUUACAAGGAUGGAAUUGAUAAGCUUCCAGGAAGAUGGGAGAAGGUUAUAGAUAAUAGUGGUGAAUACAUAAUAAAUUAA